AUGCUUGAAACAUCAGAGACACCGUCAGCGCAGCAGGUGUCCAACCUGAUCCGUCUCAGAGCCCGACGCGCAUCUCACACUAAGUCGGCAUCGUCCUCGCUGACCGUACAACGGUCGGGUUUAUCCGAAGACCUCAGAAACACUUCAAGCACUGUUGUCGGACAUAGGCCAACCGUCAAGCCUCGCGACAUUCUAGCUUGCGACCGAUGCCGAAUCUCCAAAAAGAAGUGCAGCCGCACAUUCCCCGUUUGUACCUUGUGCGCGACCGCUGGGAAAAAAUGCUCCUUCUCCACACCGACAACGUCGAGCGCUGCGACAGCUCACCACCUUCGCGCACGGGUCGAAUGGCUGACGCGCCAUAUCAACAAGAGCCUCCCGGCCGGCAUGCCCGAUGUUGAAUCCAUCAACACAGGGUCUGAUUUGGAUGCACUGAUCGAGAGCGCAUCGGGAAGCUCUCCGCCCCCGGCAAAUGAGGCCAAUGUCGUCGGUGAAGGGGGGUUCCGGUCUAGCGGAGCUGCUCCUUCAAUCCUGUUCAAUCGACAAAGCGUCACAAUCACCUCGGAUGAAGAGUGUUCGGUGAUGCCAGGCCACCUCCAGUUUGCAAAGCCCGUGGUAUCCCAUGGAGGCAGCCUGAACUCUCAAUCGCUGCCCAGAGAUGCCAUCGCGCGGAAGUUUGUGGACGCCUACUUCAGGAACACGAACCGGGCAUAUCCCUUCGUCGACCGAACAAAGAUCCUCCGAAGACUCGAGACGGUAGAAGAUAUACGACAGAGCCCCAAUGAUGCUGAACAUACCCUGCUCUACCUCAUCGCCGCAAUCGGCUGCACGACCUUACAGCGUGCAGGGGAGGUACCGAGCGAUACGACAUCAAAGUUUGACAUCGCAUAUGCAUCCAUCAUACAAGAGUGCCUCGUCGAAGAGGAUGUCCCGUCCAUACAGAUACUCCUACUGCUCGCGCUUUACUCUCUGUUCGAUGCAGAUGGAGCGCCAUCGUGGUCAAUCAUCGGCAUCGUGUCUAGAAAGGCUCUUGUGCUGGGCCUUGGUCGAAAGACGUCUGAGACGAAAGACCUCUCAGCAACCGACAUCGAGCUUCGCCACCGCUUGUUUUGGAGUAUAUACGUCUUUGACAGGAUGAUGUCCAUCUCGCUCGGGUAUUCAGUUGCUCUCAUCGAUGAAAAUGUAGACAUCGCUCUUCCCAGCCUCACAAUUGACGAGUUUGCGUCAACUGAGAAGCCAUAUUAUGCCUCCAUCUUGCAGACAAACCGCCAUGUGAUUCAACUGCGACAACUCGAGGAUCGGAUUCUCAGGGACAUCCAUCUGAAAAAGGCUUCCGAGAUUGCCAGCAUGUCGCGUGCAGACCGGCGGGCCAUCCAGCAGGACAUUAGAGCUAGCAUAGAGGGCUGGUACAACACUGGAUGUCUUGUCUCCUCGCUCGACGCAGACAAUCUUCCGAUUCACAGCUCCGUUACGUGGCAGAGUGCUAGGUAUUACCAUCUCCUCAUCCUGCUGUACUACCCUUGUCACUUCAACUCUUCUAUGCCGAUACACACCAUGGAGCUCCUUCGGUUCGCGCAGAACCACCUCCAGUCGACGUCGGCACUCUUCCAGCAGCGUCAACUGCCUUUGAACAGGGUCACGCUUUGCAGAAUAUUCCCCGUCGGUUUGGUUCUUCUGCACUGCUUUGCUACAUCCUACUCAAGAGAGGGAUGCUGCUCUGCCCGAGAGGACAUUGCCAUAGUAAUCAACAUUCUAGAAGCAUUCUCACAGGGGUGGACCCAUGCACACCGAGCCGCUCACAUCUUUCGACAGUUCAUGGCAAUGGUGACUGAUGUCUCCGCCGAUGGUCCGUUCCAUCUUUCAGCCCAGUCAUACGGAAGUUAUGAAAGCGUCUUACCCAAGGAUCUCUACAAGGAGAUGUUACGCUCAACGAUAAGAGCGUUCCUGUCGCUCAUGCAGGAGGUUCUUGGGCCCACCACCUGCUACUGCUUCUACAAUGCACCUGACGAAAGGGACACUGAUAAUGAAACGGUUUCGAAUUCGCGACAUGCAUCAGACGAGGCUGCAUCUUUUCCCUACUCAGGGAGCACUGCAAGUUAUCCUUCAAUGCAUGACGCUGUUGCAUCGUCUUUGGAUUAUUCUUGGGAGUCAGGGGAAUUUACGUUCAUUUGA